UUUGGUUUAAUACUUUCAUUCCAUUUUUAGUUUUAAAUAUUAAAUUAUAAUAUAACUAACACACUAAUAUCAGUUGUAUUUUCUUGUUGACGGAAAUGCUAAAAUAAAAGCGCAUAAAAAUAUGGUGGAAGAUACUAGCAUAAAUUCUAAUAAAUCUAAGACAAAAACUGCACGACCAAAAGCUGUAUAUCUUUGGACAGAAGCUGAUGUUCAGAAAUGGCUGCGUCGACAUUGUAGUGACUACUAUAACAUGUACUGGGAGAAAUUUCAUGAGCAUGACAUUACAGGUCGAGCUUUAGUCCGUAUUAAUGAUAAUACUCUUCUUCGUAUGGGUAUAACAAACCAAGAACACAGGGAAGCAAUAUGGCGUGAGAUACUGAAGUUGAGGCUAAAGACUGAUAUUGUGGAGAUAAGAGACUUGGAAAGAAGGCACAAUUACUUUAACUAUAACAUAUAAGGAAAUAAAUGUAGAAAUUUUGAAGUAUAAUAUUUUACAGUUUAAAUACCAUUUUUAAGAAGUUA